GCUAAAAUGACAUCGCCCAGUAUGAGCCGCGUUUGCAAGCACGCCGUCCCUAUCCUGCCAUGUGCACCAACUCCACCAAGAGUCACUCUCAACGAUCAGAAACACCGUCAUAUAGUCUGAUGCGCCUUACGGUCUAUACAAGAUUUAAGUUAUCCACUCUGGCUCCUUUCGCAAGAUAAUGAUUCGGCAGUCGGCUGGUGCCAGGCCCAAAUAUGCCUGUAGAGUACCGACCUGACACAGCCUUCACGUCACAGCCUGAGAAGUGCUUCUGACAUACAUUCAUGAGUAUCUACCCCAAUGCUGCCGCGAUGUCUUCUGUUUUUCCUCUUGUAAUGUCUGCUACUCCAACUUUCAGGACAUUCUCUUGCACCAAUACUUGCAUAUCGUAGCAAGACUAAGGCUCGAGAAAACACGAACGAGUGUGAAGAGCAAGCAAUAUUCGGGAUGGGGCCACUAGGACUUCAGACUUAUGAAGAGGGGACUCCACGGCCCCUACCACAAGAGCUUCAACUAUACCACGAUUAUGAAUCUUUGCCUUCUAGGCUUAGAGAUAUAUUGACCUGGUCGCUCGAUACAACCCACAGUCCGACGAAACGCACACCCUCAAACUCCAGCAUAGCCGCAGAAGAAAUCUUGAAGGGCUCAAAGACACAUUCCGAAGAGCACACGCAAACAAAUCAGUUGGGAGCAGAAUGCUCAACUACCACAGCAGUUUCUUCACAGAACAAGAACGACAAACGUCUGCCAGAUAGUCGGAGCAGCAAGUCAAUACCCACUUUCCGAAGACUCCAGAAUGUCAGCAAACGCCCAUUCAUCCGAGAAAAUGGCAUGCACGGUAUCCUGGAAUCUACAAGAGACCUUCUCACAGCCUUCAAGCAGAAAGCGGAGAAAACAGGGCCGCCACGCUCGAAGUCAGAGACCAUUCUAGUACACAACCCCAGCUUUUUUGAAUGUACGAGUUGUUUUGAAGAAUUUCCUCAGGCGGAGACUGCCAAACUUCCCUGCAGUCACUCUUACUGCAAAGCAUGUUUGGCCACUCUGGUCAUGACAGCGCUUCAAAACGAGACGAACUACCCACCUAAAUGCUGCCUAAGCGAGAUUCCUCUUUUAACAGCUCUGUAUCCCCUUGAUACGAAACAGCGGGAAAUAUACAAAGAAAAGGCUGCUGAAUACUCAAUCCCGGCCCAGGAACGAUGGUAUUGUCCGAACGCUCGGUGUUCGAAAUGGAUCCCACCCGCAAAGCUUCAGCGCAUUCGCCAUCUCAACCAGAAGUGUCCCCACUGCUCCAGCAAGAUUUGCAGCGUCUGCAGAGGUCCUGCGCAUAGCAGGUCGGUUGAUUGUCCUCAGGACUUCGGGUUGGAGGCCACAAUAUCUCUUGCCGAGCUUGAGGGCUGGAGGCGUUGUUACAGAUGUCGGGCUUUGGUUGAGCGGGCUUCUGGAUGUCGCCACAUGACCUGCAAAUGUGGCUCUCAGUUUUGCUAUGUGUGCGGAGCAAAGUGGCGAACCUGUCACUGUACUGAAGUCGAUGAAGCCAACCGGCAGGCAGCUCUCAGACGACGAAGACGAGACAGACAGACAGUAGUUGAUACAGAGGCGGAGGAACUUGCUCGAGCCAUCGCUGAAGUGGAAGCUCUACAACAUCGUGAAGCAGAAGAUAGACAAAGGGCUCAAGCACAACAGGAAGCCGAAAGAAGACGGGAGGAGGCUGAGCUCGCAAGGCUGGAGGAGGAGCGAGUGCAAGAGGAAGCUGCCAGGAGACUGGAAGAAGAACGACUUGAGCGUGAGUACCGGCUGGCUCUCCGAGAAUCCGUCACAGAGGCUUGCAACGCAAUGCAAUCUGCCUUGGUCAACAUCAUUCAGACCCAAAAGCAAACUCUCGACAGCCGCCAUAUGCGAGCCAAAGGUGCCUACCUGGGAGAACGUGAUUGCGCUUUGGCAAAGCAAAUGGAUGAAGGCGAGGAGCUCCAAGCUAAGCUGAAAUCAAACAUCGAUCGAAGGACCGCUCUUAUCCACCACAAACACAGGUCUGAUCUGGAUGUGUUUACUUCUGAGCAGGACGAAUUUGAAGACGACUUGUUCUUGGAGAUAAGAAUGCACCUCCAUGGAAAAUCCGACAAAGAAGCGCGAGAGCGUCGUCUGCAUGAGAAAUUUAAGAAUCAACGUAACGAGAAGCUACAAGACCUCCUCAAGAAACAUGAGAUGGAGAUAAAGUCUUUGACACUCAGCGUUUCCACAGAGCUUGAUGUGUUGAAACGGGCCAGUGACGACAAAAUUACCACAAUCACGACCAAAUACGCCAAUUAUUUAGAAGCACAUAGGACAACCGUGGCAUCAGACCUUGCCUGGUUUCGACUCAUAUCCGAAAGGCGACAUAACAUGGUGUCCUCUCAUGCCCGCCUUCUGCUUGCGGCUGUCGAUGCUGACGAGGAGCCCCUCGGACUUACUGAAGAGCAAGCCGCGGCUAUCGGGCCUUUUCCCACUGGACACACAGACCCACGGCAGCAAGAUGAUCAUCUGGUGCCGUCACCUGCUUCGAGUACCUCUCUUACGCCCACACCAUCGAUUGUCGAACUCGCUGCAACGUCGAAUCGAUUGCUGUCUACCUUGGAGCCCCAACUCGCACCAAGCAUCGACGCCGGUAGCACCGUGGAUGCGUCUUCAAACCAGCUUCUAAUGAACAGUGCCGAAGUAUGGAUAGCAGGAGGAGACCAUACAUCAGCUCGCACCUCGCGGACAGCUGAGGAGAACCAAUUUCCGUCGGAAGCUGGGCCAUCUAUUCGAAGACGUGUCAUGGUCGGACAUGCUCGAAAGCCUAGACGGCCAUCUUCGGGUCCUCGAUUCAGACCUAGCUCCUCGUCGGCCGCCAGCAUUCCACCCGUACCAGAGGUGCCAACCAUGUAUCUCGGAGAGAACGAGUUGCAUGUCAAGAUGCCCGGCGCCUAUCCUGUCUCGCAGAAGACUUCCAAUCAUGGGGAGGCCAGUGGCAGCCCGGCACAGGCUCCAUCCAGGCAGCACGUAUACCAGCGAUACUCUUGGAGUGAGAGCAACCCUUCGGUCACAGAGUCCACAGCGUCUUUGUCCAUAGUAUCAGACUACUCGACGUCGCCAAGCAGCGUCGGUAGCUUGCCAAUACAAGCACCGGUCACAGAUGCUGCUGAGCCGCCUCCUCAUCGGUCUUUGUCACCUUCGGCACUACCUGCGACACCUUUUCCGACUUCACCUGCGGCCUCUUCCCGCGAACAGCAUCGGCAUGCUAAGGGAAUCUCCUCCUUUGACGACCUGCGGAUGGCAGUGAAAGGCAGUGGUGACGGCAAGGGCAAGGGCAAGGGCAAGAAACCCAAAUAUACCGAAGAAGAGGUUAGAGAGCGGAUGAAAAGGGCUGUGGGGGAUGCGUUUGGGGCUUGAAGCAACAGAAAGGAAGAAGUACACCGGGAGUACGGCAAGAGUCGAUUGUUUCUAGAUGG